UCCUUCCUUCCUUCCUUCCUUCCUUCCUUCCUUCCUUCCUUCCUUCCUUCCUUUCUUUCUUUCUUUCUUUCUUUCUUUCUUUCUUUCUUCAAGACAGGGUUUCUCUGCAGCUUUGGAGCCUGUCCUGGAACUUGCUCUUGUAGACCAGGUUGGCCUCGAACUCACAGAGAUCCACCUGCCUCUGACUCCCGAGUGCUGGGAUUAAAGGUGUGCACCACCACUGCCCGGCGUGGGGGAGCUUUCUGAUGUAGGGCCUCACCUGCCAUGGAGAGGGAGGCGAGAGAAGCCUGGGUGAGGAAUAGUGGAGUAUGGGAAGGAGACUUUGUCCUCCCUGUCUCUCCUGGUCCCUACCACCCGCCCUAGGACUUAAAGUACUGGCCAGAUGACAAGUGGACCUCAGAGGUCAGGUGACCCCUAAAGAUGGAGCCAUGUCAUCCAUUGUGCUAUAUGUCCCCCACCUUCCCUGGAUUCUGUCCCAUUUGCUUCUCAGUGACUGUCGUCCUCCUGGUGCUCAGUGUUUGUGCAUGUAAAAUGGUCAUGUUUCUGAGCAGAUUGUUAAUGCUAAGAUCAAAGAUCACGGGAAUACCUAACAGAGCAGUUUGGAUUUAGUAAAUGUCCUUGUCUCUAAGCCCGAUGACCUAGGUUUGAUCCCCAGAACCCAUUCAUGGCGGAAGGAGAGAAUUUACUCCUGAAAGUUGUUCUCAGACCUCCAGAGGCACACCAUGGCAUGCAUGCAUGCAUGCAUAAAACAAAUUAAUUUUUUAAAAUUUUACAGAAGACACUGGGGAGGACAGCUCAGUUGGCAAAGGGCUUUUCAUGCAAACAUGGCCUAUGUUCUAUUCCCAAAACCCAGACCCCACAGCGCAUGCCUAUAGUCCCAGCCCCAGGGAUACAGAUAGGAACAUCACUGAGGCUUGCUGCCUGGCCAGCCUUGCCAGAUUACUGAGGUCCAGAUUCAUUAAGACCCUGUCUCAAAAAAAAUAAGGUGGCAAGCAACUGAGGAAGAUGUUCGACCUCUGGUACACAUGUGUGCAUAAACACACACACACACACACACACAGAGACAUACAGAUGGUUAAGGAUCUGUCUCAAAUGGGUGUCAUCCACUGAGUAUUCCUGAUUAGAAACACUUGGGCCAGCAGUCUUUCCCAAGUAUAGAUUUUAAAAUUUGUGUAGACUUUAAUAAUUACAAAUCUUAAUCUAAAACUCUGAAGCAGGGCUUUUCAAUGAGGGGUAUUCAGCUUUGACAAGGACUGUGGGAGUUUGACGGAUGAGGACACCAAGGUAAGACCUGAAUGACUCCUUGAGGUGGAGAACUAGAGUAUAGACUCAGGCACGUACUGGGGACCCGGGCAGUGACGGACAGCAUCACUAUCAUCCCCAGUUGACAGAACUGUCAUCCCUAGAUACACCUACUUCAUUCGACCCUUCCUGGAGUCAGCUGAAGAGUUCUUUAUGCGUGGGUACCAAGUACACUACUACCUCUUCACCCACGACCCUGCAGCCGUUCCCAGAGUCCUCCUGGGCCCUGGGCGCCUCCUCAGCAUCGUCCCCAUCCAGGGUCACUCCCGGUGGGAGGAGAUCUCCAUGCGCCGGAUGGAGACCAUCAGCAAACACAUUGCCGAGAGGGCUCACAAAGAGGUGGAUUACCUCUUCUGUCUCGAUGUGGAUAUGGUCUUCCGUAACCCAUGGGGCCCCGAGACUUUGGGGGAUCUAGUGGCUGCCAUUCACCCAGGCUAUUUUGCUGUACCUCGCCAGCAGUUCCCUUAUGAACGCAGGCAAGUUUCCGCUGCCUUUGUGGCAGACAGUGAGGGGGACUUCUAUUAUGGUGGGGCAGUCUUUGGGGGACGAGUGGCCCGGGUGUAUGAGUUUACCAGGGGCUGCCACAUGGCCAUCCUGGCGGACAAAGCCAAUGGCAUAAUGGCAGCCUGGCAGGAGGAGAGCCACCUGAACCGCCGUUUCAUCUGGCACAAGCCAUCCACAGUGCUGUCUCCAGAGUACCUCUGGGAUGACAGGAAGCCCCAGCCCACGAGCCUGAAGCUGAUCCGAUUCUCUACGGUGAAAAAGGAUACCAACUGGCUGAGGAGCUGACAGUGGAGCUGAGAGCCACCCAAAGCCCAGCCCUGCCCACCUCAGUCUACUGGAGGAGUUCAACCAGGAAGAUGACUGGAGAGGAAGUGUAAACUGUGAGGGGCUGUGCACCCACAGUCAUACAUUGUUCCAAUACCAGUGGUUGGACAAGAGGGAGACAGGGCCUGGCAGGCCUCACAGCUACCCAAGGCAUGGAUGUGUCUUUCCAGGACUGGCCCUGGCAUCCAGCCCUAUUCGAAGUGCCUGGUGGCCUGAUUCUGCCCUCACUUAGUACACACUGCUUUUGAGUUGUGUUUUAAUCUGUAGUCUUGGGGAUCAAACAGGGGCCGCUGAAGGGAAGUGCUCCUCCCCCGAGCCCCGGCCUGCUGCCUUGAAUCUGCACUGUGAUAUCCUCGUCCUGAGUACCAUGCUGUUCCCCAGCCACAUGUGUUCUUCACUCCGGGUCCCAGAGCUAGCUCUGAAGCGGAGCAGGCUUAGGUUCCUUCUGGUCACCUGUAUCCCAUGAGGUACCUCACUCUCAGGGACUAGAUGUCUGUCUGUGGUAGCUUCCAAUAAAGAUGGUGUGAUCUAGGUCCUGA